UGCUACCAGUUCCCAUCUCCACCCGAAACCCCGAAAUACCCAAAACCCUGAGAACUUUCAGGAGAGAGAGAGAGGGAGAGAAGAGCGAAAGGCUCAAAAUCUGGAAAUGAAAGCCGUUCGUUUCGCUGUUCAUUCCUGUCGAACUGGGUUAUCGUGUCGAUUUCCGCGACCAUAUACAGUACGAACUCUCUCUACAAAUGCGACUUCAGGAGGCAGUGGGAUUGAUGAUAAUAAGCAAUCCAACUCAUUUGAGUCGGCCGAUGAGUUUGAGCGGCGCAUUUUCGGUGACUUUUCUGGGGGCGAUGCUAAAUCCAAUUCCAUUUUCGGAAUGCUUGAUAGACUUGGAAAGGGUCGCGACAGAUCGGGUUACAGAGUGAGCGAAGGAAGUAAUUUCCAGACAUUGGAUGGCCUGGAUGAGAGCUUCAACACAUUAUCUGAUGGAAUGGAUGGGAAGUUGAAGAAGGCAGCCACAUAUUUUUCGUUUGAUACGGAGGAAAUAGAGAAAGAUGAUUAUAAGUUUAGAGCAGAUAUGAAUUUUAAACCGAGAAUGACUUAUGAAACCAAGGAUCUUGAUCUUAGAAAGCCGGGAGUAUGGAGACCUUCCAAAACGCUCGAGUUUCAAGUUACUACAAAGGAAGUUCUUAAAAAAGCUGAUUUCAGGAAUGUCAGAUUCCUUGCAAACUUCAUAACAGAGGCUGGAAUUAUUAUUAAGAGGAGCAAGACUCGCAUCAGCGCCAAGGCCCAGAGGAAGGUUGCUAGGGAGAUCAAAACAGCCAGAGCUUUUGGUUUAAUGCCUUUCACAACCAUGGGGACGAAAUCGUUUGUGUAUGGAGAAACUAUGGAAGGUCUUGAUAAGGAUUUCGAGUACGAAUCAUAUAAUGCCCAUAUAGGUGCAGAUGCAGAUGGUGCAGACCCUCUUUGAGCCGAGAUUACGAGGUGAAUGUUAAUUUCUAUGUUCUUUUUGUUGACAGCAUUAUUGAACAUCCUUUAUUGGGGAAGAAAAAAGAGAAGAUGGAAAAAGAUAUCUGGAUAAUACGAACAUCAUUGAUUGUUUGUUUGUUUGUUUGGUUGAUUUGAAUGAAUAGAUGCUCCUAGCGAA